UCCACUCUGCACGGAGCCCACAAAGUCCCGUGACACGCUCCUGCGGUUAAGUUAAGAAACUGACUUUCAAUAAAAUGUGUUGUUACGUCACUCGUUCAGGUGAGAUGGAUGACGUCAGGAGUGGUUCCCCAUCAGCACAGCGAGACAAGAAUGUGUGUGUGUGUAGUGGGACUCUUCCUGGUUCACCGCUGUUGUGUGUCUGUUGUGUGUCUGUUGUGAGUCAGUUGCUUCUCUCGGAUCAACCCAACCCAUGAUGCUGUUAACCCUCCCGCUGGACGUGUAACCUGCUAGUUAGUGUGUUAACCAGCGGACGCUCGGUGCGGAGUUAGCCGGCUGCUAGCUGCAGGAGUCUGGUUAACAGGUAUGUGGGCGUCUUGCUGUAAUUGGCUGUGUAUGGACUCAGCUGAUGCAGAACAGUCGGCUGAACAGGAACGUCGUCAUCGGACCUACACCAACUCUGCCUUCAACUCUCAGCCGUCUCCCCCUCCACCCGAACACAUCUGUAAGGCCUGCGGGGGGGCCUUUGACACAGCUACCAAGAAGCAUGUGUGUGUGGACUGUAAGAAGAACUAUUGCAGCCGUUGCUCCGCCCACCUUGAGCCCCGGCCCCGCCUCUGUCACACCUGUCAGCGUUUCUAUGGCACCCUGCUGGAGCGGGCGGAGCUUAUGAAGCUGAAGGUGAAGGAGCUCCGAGACUAUCUGCACCUGCAUGAGGUGUCCACACACCUGUGCAGAGAGAAGGAGGAGCUGGUAGAACUGGUCCUGAGUCAGCAUUCGUCACCUUCCAGCGAACAGGCCCCCGAGACACUGACCCCAGACCCUCCCUCUGUGACGCCUGACCCCCCUACACCUACACCCCCCCCCAGCCUCACCUCUGAUCCUCCACAGCCCGAAUCCCCGUCCCCUCCCACAGAGACCACUGCUUCUGAGCCUGACAUUCAGGAAGAAGGCCAGACCUGGGAACCUGACGAGCCACCAGCUUCAGGCCGUAGAGCUUCUCUGUCCGACCUGAGCUGUGAGGAGGACAUCGAGGUUCUCAGCGUGCGGCAGCUGAAAGAAAUUCUUGCUCGGAACUUUGUGGACUAUAAAGGCUGCUGUGAGAAAUGGGAGCUGAUGGAGCGAGUGAGGCGACUGUACCAGGACCAGCAGAACCUCGUCGCCAGCGCAGUGAGCGCCUCAGAGUCCGGCGGCGGCUCUGCAAGUCCGGAGGAGAACCUGUGUAAGAUCUGUAUGGACUGUCCCAUCGACUGCGUCCUGCUGGAGUGUGGUCACAUGAUCACCUGCACCAAGUGCGGCAAGAGGAUGAGCGAGUGUCCUAUCUGCCGCCAAUAUGUUGUCCGAGCCGUCCACGUCUUCAGGUCCUGAACACCAGGACCAGUGUUGAUCAUCAACAAUCAAGUCUUCUUAAAGGGACCUCUACAUAACCAGAGUGCUUUCAUUUUGCUAACUCUAUUUUUCUAGUGUAAAUAUGAUAAAGAUUGCAAUAAGUGACCUCAUCUGACCUUUUUCACUCAAACAGUGACUCUGAGCAUACAAACACAGACACACUGUGUUCUCAUUACAACCUUCCAUUUUUGACAGUGUGUAAAAAGUACCUUAAAACAGAAGAUGUAAAACAGCAGUGGUGAGCCAUCUUUGACAUCACUGAUUCCACAGCUCGUACUUCCUGUUUAAUCACAUGUUUCAUCUGUAGCCUCGUGACAUUGACAGUGCUGUCAUGGUCCAGUGACCCAAGACUGAUAUUCUUUCCCUUCAGCCUCAUCUGAAUUUAGUGAGUUAUAUUUUAUAUCUCACAAGCGGAUUAAAACAAAAUACACAUUCAUUAAGCUACCUUCAGGUCAGGAUAUCAGCAGGGUAAUGAUGUCACAGGAAGUUGAACUUGCUACUGUUUUCUUUUCACAUCCUUGAUGUCAAUAACUGAAAAAAGAAAAGUAAAACUUAAAAAAUGUUUUAGUCGCGAAACCACAACUAAGAAAUGUUGUAUUUAAAGGAGACACAUUGUGUUCACAUUCAGGUAAAACCUUUUUAACAAGUGGUGGUGGUAAAGUUUGUUCAUUAGGAUAAACCCUUGAGAUGCAUCUUCUCGUCUUCCAGGGGUGUUGCUACUGUAAAAUGUUUUCAUUGUCUAAUGUUAAGAAAACGCACAACUCUCCUCGUCCGUCUGUGGAUGCAACUCCUCUUCUCAGCUUCUGUCUCAAACACUUGGUUUUAGUUCCUGUCUCUUUAAGAACCCCCCUCUUGAUAAUGCCCAGUCUGCUCUAAUUGGUCAGCUGCUCCUCUCUGUUGUGAUUGGUCCACUGUUUCCUGUGUUACGGAAAUGUCGACUCACUUAACCUGGCUUUGUCAGACUAGUCCAGGAGAGGAGCUACACCAGACUUUGGACUUUUUUAAUUUGCACAACUUUUGCAUUCACCAUAAAACUUUUUGUAGCUAACGAGGAAAGAAAUUUAAAAAACAUGAUGCGUCUCCUUUAAAACAAUUUCACUAACAUUAACAAGUUUCUCUGAAUCUGUAUCAGAUUUUACAGAAACAACGGAGGCUCCAUGACGCUUCCCUGAGGGACUCCGUAUGUUAGAGGUUUAUGGUUGUAUUUUUGCAGCCGGUCUGUUUCUGUUUUCACUGGUGACCAUGAGAACAAAGUUCUGUUCUGUGACUACCACACUUUGCUCAGACUGUUAAGAUUUGAAAAAAAAAUGGCCUUAAGAUGUAAAAUGAUGUCUCCCAGUGGUGGUACUGAAUGAACUUCAAACCAUGGGCCUGGGGCCUUAUGUUCCACGGAGGCCUCGUCCUUUUGGUUUUUCUAUGUUUUUAUGGGAUAUAAUGGUUUUAGGGACCUUGGGAAUCUUUGACACGUGCUCUAAAUCAUGUGUGUUUAGUCACAUAUGACUAACACACAUCUGUGAUUAUUUAACACAUGAUUUAAUAAAGUAUUCAUGUACAUUAGAACUGUAGUUAUGUUUUUAUACGACAGUGAUUUCUGUGGACGUUUCUUUAUUCUGACAAACUGGAACAAAGCUGUGAAACAGUGACUCAGCGUUGAUGCGGUUGUGUUGAGUUUAAAAGCACUUUGUUAAGUUACAGAAAAUAAUACUGAAGAGCUUCGCUUUGGGCUUUUCUUCUGAAUCUGUAUCAUGUUUAACAAAAUAGUCAGAGGGUCCAGAACGUAUCCCUGAGGGACUCCAUGUGUCAGUAAAAACAGGGAUCAUGAAUUAUUCAUCUUUACCAGUAGAACACAGAAGUUUGGCAGUGAAGCUGCCUUUUAUCAAUAAGCUCGAUUUGAAGAAGGAUAAAGUGGAGUCUGAUGUCCCCUUUUUUUCAGUGUUUUAUAUCCGAUCAUUAACUUUGAGUUCUGCUGUGAAGGUUUUUCUUUUCUUUUGUGAAUUGCUGGCUGGUUUUUCAAAGCCCGUCUCACUGUGGGAUAAAACGUUUCAUCUGUCAAAUCGCCCGUAAGUCGUACAGCAAGGUUCUGAUCACUGAAUCUAUGUGAGACACAAAGUAACACAAUUUAUUGAUGCACUGGUCAAAUUCUGAUAUAUGGGCUGUUGUCUUUCUAUAACCUUUAAAUACACAUUUGCCUUUUUAAUUGACUUCACUGUGUCUUUUUUUGUCUUUAGAUCUAAAUCGGUUUAGUCACAUCCUCUGAGUUGGAAAUCUCUUCUUCACUAUAUUUUACGUGUCGUUUACAUGAUUUUUGAAAUGAUUUUCUACUAGUUAACCGAGUGAUGAGUUUCCUGAAUGAACUUUGUAAUAAAACAAAAUUUCCUUCA